GCGUCGCCUUCACCCGGCAGAUCCUGAUGAUGGUCGGGCUGCCCGCCGCUGGCAAGACGACGUGGGCCGUCAAACACGCGGCCGCCAACCCCUCCAAGAAGUACAACAUCCUGGGGACGAACGCCAUCAUGGACAAGAUGAGGGUGAUGGGGCUCCGCCGUCAGCGCAACUACGCGGGCCGCUGGGACGUGCUGAUCCAGCAGGCGACGCAGUGCCUCAACCGCCUGAUCCAGAUCGCCGCCCGCAAGAAGCGCAACUACAUCCUGGACCAGGUGAGGGGGGGGCCGGGGGGGCCGGUCCUCAGAGGGCACAGCUGAGGAGGU